AGGACGUGCCUGCAGCUGGCACUCACAGCCCGGUACUCUGCUGCCUCAGGGAGCACAUCUCCUCCUCUGCACACCCUCAGUCCGCCCCCUCUUACCCAGGAUCCAGGUCCCCAGCUAAGCCCAAGACGUGCCCCAGCACUGGGAGCACCUGCCAGUGGGGCAGCCAUGGGGGAUGUCCUCAGGCCUGGGUACCGGCAGAACCUCUUCCAUCUUGCCUGGAUGUGCCUGCUCUCCUCCAUGCCGCAAGGUGGGGCCAAGGUGCUGGAGAAGACGUUCGAGGAGUGGAUGCGGUACCGUGAUGAGUGCUUGAGAAGGAUGGCAAGCGAGCCCUACCCGGCAGGGCUCUUCUGCAACCGGACGUUCGACAUGUAUGCCUGCUGGCCUGACGGGAGCCCUGGCAUCACCGUCAACGUCUCCUGCCCCUUUUACCUGCCCUGGUUUGAGAAAGUGAAGCACGGGCUGGUGAGCCGCAGGUGUGGCACCGACGGGCAGUGGGUGACAGUGAACGGCAGCCAGCCGUGGCGCGACUACUCACAGUGUGAGGAGGAGACAGCAGCCGCCGUGGAGGAGGAGGGCGCCCGCCGGCUGAUGGUGAGCUUCAAGGUGCUCUACACCGUGGGGUACUCGCUGUCACUCCUCACCCUCGUCUCUGCCCUGCUCGUCCUCACUGUCUUCAGGAAGCUCCACUGCACCAGAAACUACAUCCACGCCAACCUCUUCGCCUCCUUUGGGCUGCGGGCCACCUCGGUGAUGGUGAAGGACGCACUCCUGGAGAGGCGCUGGGGCAUGGAACUGGUGCAGGUGGCUGACUGGGAGGCUCUGCUGAGCCACGAGGCGGCGCUGGGCUGCCGGGCUGCGCAGGUGCUGAUGCAGUAUUGCAUCCUGGCCAACCACUACUGGUUCCUGGUGGAAGCUGUCUACCUCUACAAGCUGCUCAUCGGGGCCGUCUUCUCCGAGAAGAAUUACUACAGGCUCUACCUCUACCUGGGCUGGGGGACCCCCGUGGUGUUCGUGGUGCCCUGGGUAGCCGCCAAGUACCUAAAGGAGAAUGCGGAGUGCUGGGCACUGAAUGAAAAUAUGGCUUACUGGUGGAUCAUCCGCAUCCCCAUCCUGCUCGCCUCCCUGAUCAACCUGCUGAUCUUCAUGCGGAUCCUCAAGGUGAUCCUGGCCAAGCUCCGGGCCAACCAGAAGGGCUAUGCAGACUACAAGCUGCGGCUGGCCAAAGCCACGCUCACCCUCAUCCCCCUCUUUGGGAUCCACGAGGUUGUCUUCAUCUUCGCCACUGAUGAGCAAACCACAGGCAUCCUGCGCUACAUCAAGGUGUUCUUCACCCUCUUCCUCAACUCCUUCCAGGGCUUCCUCGUGGCUGUGCUCUACUGCUUUGCCAACAAGGAGGUAAAGUCAGAGAUGAAGAAGAAGUGGCAGCUCUGGAAGCUCGACCACUCGGUGCUCUGCUGUGCCCAGUGAUGUGGCACCCGGCCCUGCAGAGCCAGGGAGAGGGAUGUGGUGGGUGCAGGGACCCGGCGGGAGGGCAGCACUUCUGGAUGGCCAUGCUGGGACCAGUAUCUCUGCUGUGCCCCACCUGAGAGCACUGGAGCUGCUGGGGGGUUGUUCCCCUUCUGUGGUCCAAAGUGAGGCAGGUGCCCUUGGCUGCUCCCUCAGAAGAGCCUCACCUCGCUUGGUGAGCUGCAUGGGGGAUGCUGCUCCUUCCUACCAUCAGCUAGCUCUACUGGCACCCACCAGAGGUGUUCAUGAAGCUCCCUUCCCAUCUGCACCAACUUGGGCACCUCUAGAAGGGGAUUGUGGCUGCUAGAGAGGAGCCUGUCCAACAGCAGAGAACAAGCAGCGGGGAAUGGGAGAUGCUGCUCAGCCAGGCACUGCUGACACAGAUCCGCACCCCUUGCCUGGUGAACCAGCACCUCCUGCUGCACUCGGGGCUGUGCCAGCACUGUUCCCAUCCAGGACACCACCUUCCUGCUCUCCUUGCCCUAAAGACCAUUUCUUCAGCACACCAAGAGCUCCCAGACAUCCAUCCCAGAGCUAUCCUGCACAGUUCCCUGUAGAGAGAUGCUUCUGCUGCACCUUCUCACGCUGCUCACACCCGGUACAGAUCAUGGCAUCAGCUCUCCAGCAGCACAGAUCUGCACCUCGAGGGUCCUUCCUCUGAGCUCCUCCUGCAGCAGAUUCCCCAAGACUCCUUGCAGCAAACAGAGCCACAGCAGCUGCACUCCUGUAGCUUCCUGCAGUGCUUGAGCACUUGGAAUGCAUUCACUCUGCACAUGAAGGGCAGUGCAGCUGCUCCCUCAGUAACGGGAACAUCACACGGGAGUGUGAUGGACCCAGCACCAAGUUCAGCACCAACUCUGCAGCAGGGAGAGCCAAGAAGCCCGGGUAGGAGCCACACUUGGCUCAGGGACAGUUUUGCUGGCAAAAGGCUGGUGUCCCCAAGUACAGAUGUGCAACAGCUGGCAUUUGGGAUGUUUGCUUCCUAGUAGGGUGCCAAAGCUGCAACUGCUGCCUCUUGCUGAGUGACCCCAGGGCACCAAGGAGCACCUACACCUCUGCCUUUGCAAGUGAAACAUCGAGGCUGUGUUGUUUGAAUAGUGCUGCAUGCACCUGGCUUACAGCUCCUUUCCUGGCACUGGCACUCUGCUCCCAUGGGAGCAGAGCAGCUCAGAUGCUAUCCCCCGACCCUCUUGCUCU